GUCUUCAAGAUAAGUUACAAGGCACAAGUGUACAAUACGCCCGCUCGAAGAAAACGCUGUUAAAAUAGUGUAUAUCUGGUUAUAACAACAGCAAACUAGAAGAGAAAUGACUAACUUUGUCAAAUAAUAUCUGAUCGAAUAUUAUAUACACGUCCCAAUAGGAGCUGAGAGCAGAGGGGCGAGCCCGACGCGCCCAAUGGCAGUCGCAGCAGUUCUUCGACGUCACUGGCGGCCGUCGUCCCUCACGCGGCCUUCGGGUUGCGUGUUCAAGGUCGCCCACUGUUGCCAGGGUGUUCCAUUACGGUACACAAGCAGUGCAAGCAGUGCAUCGGACUACGAUGUUAUCCGAGGUCAGCUGCAGCGGGAAUUACAGGCACCGAAGUAUUUCAAUUUCGCUCAAGAUGUUGUUGGUGCUUGGGCAGUCAAAAAGCCCACACAUCCUGCCAUGCAUUUUGUCGGUGAUGCAAAGGAAGUCAAAGUCAACUACGGUGAAUUAUACAACAAAGCUAUUGCGCUGGCCACGGCCUUGUCGAGCCCUUCUCCACCAAAAUGUGCUCUCGUCCUUCUGCCCAAGAUACCAGAGUGGUGGGUGGUCAACGUGGCUGGCUCCUGGUGUGGUACUAUAAUAUCUCCUGGAACCAGUCUGCUAACUCCAGGUGAUGUUGCUCACCGCUUGCAAGAAUCUUGUGCAGACUGUAUUAUUUGUGACACUGAAAUAGCUGCAAGAAUGAAUGAUGUCUGCAAAAAUGUGCCAUUGAAAAUUGUUGUCGCUCAUGAAGGAGCUGAUAUUAUACCUGGCUGGAUUUCAUAUGAUGAGUUGAUAAAGUCAGUGGAAGGUAAAGCAAAAACACCAUGUAUUAAGAGCAGGGGAGAGGACAUUGCUCAACUUUUUUUCACCUCAGGAACAACUGGCAAGCCAAAAAUGGUAACACAUACACAAGCUAGUUAUGGCAUUGGUCAGAAAGUAACAACAAAGUACUGGCUGGAAGUGAAUGAAAAUGAUCUGAUGUGGAAUAUAUCAGACACAGGCUGGGCGAAGGCUGCUUGGUCAAGCCUUUAUGUACCUUUCCUUGCUGGUGCAACAGCAUUCAUUCAUCAGAAAGCAAAAUUUGAUGCAGAAGAAGUCUUACAUAUUUUAAAUAAGUAUCCAGUGAGUGUUUUAUGUGCUCCUCCAACUGCCUAUAGAGCAAUGGUACAGUGUGGUCUUGCACAAUAUCCAUUCCAUUCUCUGAGGCAUUGUGUCAGUGCAGGUGAACCCCUUAAUCCAGAAAUAAUGGAAACAUGGACAAAAAUUACAGGUUUGAGGAUUUAUGAAGGAUAUGGGCAGACAGAAACAACACUGCUGUGCUGCAUGUACAAAGGCAUAGAUUACCGUCCAGGUUCCAUGGGAAAACCAGCACCUGGCUACAAUUUAAAGGUAAUUGAUAAUGAUCUGAAUGAAUUGGAACCUCACAAGGAAGGGUACUUGGCCAUCUCCUUGAAAGAAGGGAAACCAGUUGGACUUUUCAAUGGAUACCUGUCCAACAAGAAGCAAACAUCAAAAGUGUUUUUAGGAGAUUAUUAUAUAACUGGUGACAAGGCUUACUAUGAUGAGGACAACUACUUCUGGUUUGUUGGCCGUGCUGAUGAUGUCAUAAUUUCUUCAGGGUACAGAAUUGGACCUUUUGAAGUGGAGUCUGUCUUAAUCGAGCACCCAGCUGUGGUGGAAUCAGCAGUGGUCUCCUCACCCGACAGUCUCCGUGGGGAAGUUGUGAAGGCAUUUAUUGUUCUGGCUGACAACUACAAGAACCACAGAUAUGAAGACCUGAUUGUUGAACUGCAGAACUAUGUGAAGCAGAAUACAGCACCUUAUAAGUACCCUAGAAAAAUAGAAUUUGUGAAGACACUCCCAAAGACCAUCAGUGGUAAGAUAAGAAGAGUAGAACUUCGCAACAAUGAAUGGACAAAAAAAUAAGGGUUACAGUCCUACACAUUCAUUUUGAGAGAUCAUCCUUUUCUCAUGUGUGAUUUUAUGGUACAAAAGUGUCCACACAUUAAAGUCUCCAUUGCACCAUGUAAUUACUUUUUUUUUUUUUUUAAUCUGCAUUGUAUAAUAGAAGUAUCAUUGUAGCAUUGUAAUAAUAAUGUACGAAAAAGAACAUC